GCGUUUCAGUCGGAGUAAGGUCAGCCUGUGAAGCGUGUCGUGCAAUUCAUCUCGGAGUGAACCCAAAAUGUGUCAAAAUUCUCUAGUAAUUUAGUGCUACGAAUGUUUUGUUAAACCAAAUGUAAUAUUCUUCCAUACAUUCCGUUUUGAGCCUACUUAAAGAAUACUCUAAUACAACAGAAGUGAUAUUCUCCCGGGCUUCAACAAACGCGUGUUUGUUGUUACGUAUAAUUUUCUGGUCCAAUUUAUUAGCUUGAUUGUAUCGUCCCCUUCCCGUGGAUCUAAUUAAGUGGAUGUCGACGUAUUCAGGAAUUUAUCACUCCGCAUACCAAGGGGUGGAGGAUUACGGAGGAUACGUUGGCAGGUCGACGAAGGAUAACGGUGAAGAAACAGAAACUUUAUCGACAUCGAAGCUGGCGGGGAACGUGAAAGCAGAGUUCAAGUGCAAGAGGGAGAGUUGGUGGGGGGAAAGCGGAGAAAUAGAUAGAGAAAGAGACAACAUAAACAGGGGUACAGCCGGGGCGAGUGGCGAACUGGCGGCUCGUCUCCAGGGCUACGCCAUGGCAGAGUUCUUAAAGACGACUGUUACUGGUGUACCAACAGGAAGUGCCCAGUACCAUCUCCACAGUCAUCCAGCCAUGGGAAUGGGCACACAUCCUCAUCCACACUCUCAUGUACAUCCUGGGGGUCCUCAUCCGGGCCUCCCAUCACCCUUCAGCCUAGCUACUCAUGGCCAUCCACACGGCCAUCCUCUCGAACACAGCCUCUCUGCCUUUCCUCAAGGUAUGAAUCAACGCAAACAACGCCGGGAACGAACAACGUUUACCAGAGCUCAGCUGGAUGUUUUGGAGGCUCUAUUUGGGAAGACUAGGUAUCCUGAUAUAUUCAUGAGAGAAGAAGUUGCCCUUAAGAUUAACUUACCGGAAUCAAGAGUACAGGUCUGGUUUAAAAACAGAAGGGCAAAAUGUAGACAACAACAGCAGCAGCAACAGCAACAAAAUGUGGCACCAAGGCGACCUGCCUCACGCUCGUCUUCUUCAAGCAGCAAAAUUGCCCCAACACCUCAAAGACGGACACCGCCUGUUUCGCCACCGCGUGCUAAAGAGACGCCAGGUCAAAAUUCACCUUUAUUAUCAACAAACUCCUCGUAUCCUAGACUUGGAGCAACGCCGACAGGCGGAAGUAAUGCAAGCAGCGCAUUAACAACGCCUUCGCCACCCUUGACUCCCAGUUCCAGCCAAUUACCACCAUCGUCAUAUCCACCUCCUAUGAAUCAGAUUCAUCAUAGUGAUUACGGUUUCACGUGGAGUUCUGCUUCACCAGGUGCUGUUAAUCCCAGCCAGUGUUAUGCUAGUCAACCUUACAAUGGCUAUCAGAAUCCCUAUACACCAGGAGAUUAUUACCAGUCGCAGAUAUCACAUAUGCACCAUAGUCCACAAAGCAACUAUCACCAUCCACAAUAUCACCACAACGUGACCCUGACUUCCCAUUUAGCUGGUCACCAUUUAAAUUCAAACUCGAAUGAUGUUACCGCAUGUCCUGCAGAAUCUUCGGAUAACUACAUCCUUCCUGAUCAGAAGUAUCAAGUGGUUUAGCAGUUCACCAAGUCGACAGGGACAAUUCAUUCGAGACAAGAUACCAGGCUUUUAUAUCAUCCUUGGCGAAUUAACUCUCGCGAAAGUACUCUUUCGAAGGCAACCGCCCAUGAUGAGGGCGAACCCGAUGAUAACUUUGAUUCUGAUGAUGACUGAUAAUAAAACUUCUAACAAAUCAAGAUCAUGUACUCCUUUACUGAGUUAUGCAAAAGAAGUAUAUGCACGUACAUUUCUGUUAUUAAAAGAAUAUUGUCAGAAGUCAAUGAUUAAAUCAUCACAAACAACAAUAUGCGAUUAUUGCAGUUAUUUUGCUCUUUGCUGUACGAUCGUUAAUUGACCAGUCAAUAUAGGUGUAAUCUCACUAUCAAGUCCAUGUAUGCAUGGUGCAGCAGUCGGUAAAAUGCCAAAAGUGACUUUUUUAUAUAUUUUUAUUGGUUUUAGUUAUUGAAUGGUGAAUCAUACACACAUGUAUAUUAUAUUCAUAUAUUGUUCAAUCGGUUAUAUUUUCAUUGGUUGAUUACUACUACCAUAAUUAAUUUCUAGUAUUAUUAUUGUUAUCGAGUGGACACUCAGCCAUAUCAAAGUCGGUCAGUAGUGAGAAGACUUGUAAAUAUCUCUAAAUAAAGAUGAAGCGUGAAAAUAAAUCGAAGUAUGUAAGCAGAAAUUGAAAACUCAUGGACUGCAAGUAAAAAUAUUUGAGUAGCUGUAAGUAGAUAAACAUGUGUUUAUUUGCACUUAAUUCCACACAUAUAGUAUCUGAACCAAACUGUUGAAAAAUAUUUCGUGUGAACCUUAGUUGAUAAUAAAAAAUUUUCCGACGUCGUUUCAUUAAUUUCUAAAUGUCUUAAGGUAUUCAUUUCCAUUCUUUGUUAGCAUAGCUUUGAGUGAAAAUGAGUAUACGAUUUUCAUGAAGAAAAGUAAUUUCGACUUUAUGAAACAAGCAUACUUCUUAAGAUACGUGGAUAACUAUAAGUGUAUAUGUCAUGUAUACAAAGCUAAUGUAUAUUAUUGUGAAUUUGAAGUACAUAGAAUCUAUUAGUUAGACUUCUGAAUGAUAAUGAAAGAAUUAACUUUAGUGAACAUAUUGUGCGCAAAAAUAGAAUAAGUUACUUUGUAAUAAUAUGUUUCGAUGCCAAUGUACAUAAAUAUUACGUGUAAGAUACAUUAUUGCUCAUUAUAUUGUAUCACAAAAGAACAUCCC